CCGUGAGACCCGGGAACCCUGCGCGGCAGGACGCGCGGGCCGGUAUGGCGAUGCAUGCCCUCACUGGCUUCUCGCUGGUCAGCCUGCUCAGCUUCGGCUACCUGUCCUGGGACUGGGCCAAGCCUAGCCUGGUAGCCGAUGGGCCUGGAGAGGCUGGUGAGCAGCCCUCUGCCGCAACGCCCCAGCCGCCCCACAUCAUCUUCAUCCUCACAGACGACCAGGGCUACCACGAUGUGGGCUACCAUGGCUCCGACAUCGAGACCCCUACGCUGGACCGACUGGCGGCGGAGGGUGUCAAGUUGGAGAAUUAUUAUAUCCAACCCAUCUGCACCCCUUCAAGGAGCCAACUUCUCACUGGCAGGUACCAGAUCCACACAGGACUGCAACACUCCAUCAUCCGUCCUCGGCAGCCCAACUGCCUGCCCCUGGACCAGGUGACACUGCCUCAGAAAUUGCAGGAGGCAGGUUAUUCUACACACAUGGUGGGCAAGUGGCACCUGGGCUUCUACCGGAAGGAGUGUCUGCCCACCCGCCGGGGCUUCGACACCUUCCUGGGCUCGCUCACGGGCAACGUGGACUACUAUACCUACGACAACUGUGAUGGGCCUGGGGUGUGUGGCUUCGACCUACACGAGGGUGAGAGUGUGGCCUGGGGGCUCAGCGGCCAGUACUCCACUAUGCUCUAUGCCCAGCGUGUCAGCCAUAUCCUGGCCAGCCACAGCCCCCGGCGGCCCCUCUUCCUCUACGUGGCCUUCCAGGCGGUGCACACACCGCUGCAGUCCCCUCGCGAGUACCUGUACCGCUAUCGCACCAUGGGCAAUGUGGCCCGGCGCAAGUAUGCGGCCAUGGUGACCUGCAUGGACGAGGCUGUGCGCAACAUCACCUGGGCCCUCAAGCGCUAUGGCUUCUACAAUAACAGCGUCAUCAUCUUCUCCAGUGACAAUGGUGGCCAGACCUUCUCAGGGGGCAGCAACUGGCCCCUGCGAGGACGCAAAGGCACCUACUGGGAAGGUGGUGUGCGUGGCCUGGGCUUCGUUCACAGCCCCCUGCUCAAGAGGAAGCGGCGGACAAGCCGGGCGCUGGUGCACAUCACUGACUGGUAUCCCACCCUGGUGGGACUGGCAGGUGGCAGUGCCUCGGUGGCUGAAGGGCUGGACGGCUAUGAUGUGUGGCCGGCCAUCAGCGAGGGCCGGGCAUCACCGCGCACAGAGAUCCUGCACAACAUUGACCCGCUCUACAACCACGCGCGGCACGGCUCACUGGAGGGCGGCUUUGGUAUUUGGAACACGGCCGUGCAGGCGGCCAUCCGGGUGGGUGAGUGGAAGCUGCUGACGGGAGACCCCGGCUAUGGAGACUGGAUCCCGCCGCAGACACUGGCUGCCUUCCCAGGCAGCUGGUGGAACCUGGAGCGGAUGGCCAGCGCCCGCCAGGCCGUGUGGCUCUUCAACAUCAGUGCUGACCCCUAUGAGCGGGAGGACCUGGCUGACCAGAGGCCCGACGUGGUCCGAGCGCUGCUGGCCCGCCUGGUGGACUAUAACCGCACGGCCAUCCCCGUGCGAUACCCAGCCGAGAAUCCCCGGGCCCAUCCUGACUUUAAUGGGGGUGCUUGGGGGCCCUGGGCCAGUGAUGAGGAGGAAGAGGAAGAGGAGGAGGAGGAAGGCAGGUCUCGAAGUUUCUCCCGGGGGCGUCGCAAGAAAAAAUGCAAGAUUUGCAAGCUGCGAUCCUUCUUCCGUAAACUCAAUACAAGGCUGAUGUCCCACCGUAUCUGAUUGGGCUGUGGGGGAAGGGGAAGUGAAACUCUGUCCUCCUAGAGGGCUUCCCAACUCAAGCCUGGCCUGCUCCUAUGCAGGCAGGAACCUAGCUCCUGCAGGGGAAUGGAGGGCAGAGAGCACCUCAAUUAAAUGGUGGGGAACUUGGCUUGGGGGUUGGGAGAGAACAAACUGGAAUGGGAUGCCUGAAUCCCAAUCCUGUCUCAUCAUGUUCUUGUUCUGCGAACUUGGUGACCUACACAAACUCUCUGAGCCUCAGUUUCCUCACCUGCAAAAUGAACUCUAGUGACUUUGUGACUGUGUUUUGGGCCUGGGGCCUGGGUCUUUGUGGAGAUCCAGUUGACCUCACCACCCCACAGCUUCUCCAAGGCCUCACCCUUGAACCCUGGACCUCUGUGGUACUACUUAGGUGAGGGCCCACAUGGAGGCAUCUCCAGGCCUGGAUCCCAGCCCAGGCAAGGCCUUCUUGCUCUCUGAAAGGAUCCCUUGAGUGCUGAGAGUGGCGGUGAAGGCAUGGGAAGGAGACCUUCCCAGGAUCUCAUGUGGACCAGGCCUGGGCACCGGUGGUUGCUGUUGUUGGUGGGGCUUUCCUUCCUGGCCCCAGUAGCUGAAGAACCUGGCCCACUGGUUAGCUGCUGCAGGACUAAAAAAUGGGGGAGAUAGUUGUGUUAAAGGAUCCUUAAACCAACAAUCAGGACCCUAAGUUCUCUUUUGACCUUGGGCUUUGUCCUUCCCCUCUGGGCCUCGAUUUCCCCACUUGCCAAUGGAGGUGCUAUCCCUGGUUCUGCCAAUGAUACCCGAACUGUCCCCGAUCUGGGGCUCCCAGGACUGUGGGAGACUGGCCAGAGUAAUGGUUGUGGAGGAGUCAUGAACUUGAUUAAAAUGCAGUAGCACAGAAGCCAGGGCUGCAGCGCUGUCUGUGAGCACGUUUGGACAUGUGCAUGUUGGUCCUGGGGCAGGUGUGCACUCACCAUUGGCUGAAUGGAUGGGAG